UUCCAGCCCCCGCCCUCCAGCCCUAGCCGCAACCCCAACCCCAUGGAGGUCGAGAUCAAGCUCCGGCUCCCGACGUGGCCGCACACUGGCGCCUCUCCUCCUUCCUCGCGCCCCGCCUGCUCCGCACCGACGCCCCCGCGUGGCCCACGCCGCCGCCGUCCUGCGAUCCAAGUUCCAACUGACGCAGCUGGAUCUCGUGCGAUCUCACAGCUGCCACCGCCGCCGCCGAACUCACAGUCGGAUUUCGUGCAAUCUCACAGCCGCCGCCGCCGAACUCACAGCUGGAUCUCGUGCGAUCUCGCUGCCUCCGACGUACGGAAGUCUUCACUGUAUGGGAUCGCCGCCACGAUACUGGAUCGCCGCCACGGACGUAAGAGGCUGAAGCGCGGCGGGUGGGACAGGGUGUGCGUCGCGUUGCUGGAGAACUUCCUCGAACGAACGCUGUGGUGGUGCCAUUGUCCAUUGAUCUGGAUGUCGGUAGAAAAAUUGAGGGAAAUCAAAGUCAGAAGAAUUGAAAAUACUAUGCACUGUGUCUACAAAAAGUCCAAGCUGCCUAUUCCUACAUAAGGAUAAGGAUCCACGAGUGGGUAUUACUUUCACAAUGUUUGUUAGAAUCAUUCUUUAUACGAACUUGGUUGUACUUUCAGCCACAGAGAUGCAAAUUUCAUGGGCUAAUGCAUGAUGUGAUAGC